AUCAAUGACAUCCCUAAUCUGACAAAAUGAACAUAUAGGUUAUAUUUAUUGGUCUCUGGGUUAUAUCAUUCAAAAUAUUUAGGAAUUUCCAAACUGAAUAAAUUCCUAAAUACUAGUAAAAGUUAAACUUCAAGGGGACGAUGAACGCAAUAAAAAAGAUCAUACUCAAUCUUCAACUUGCAAGAUGUAAUUCAACUUUGCCAUCGGAAUUUGUGAACAGGAAUCCAAGGAAUCUUGAGCGCAUGAGAAUAGCUCAAAAACCUGAUGGAUAUCACUUAGAUAAGCCAGGAAAGCGAUAUUGGCACAAAUUAGUGUUGAUUGAAAGCCAGAGAACCGUGACAGCUCAAGUAGUGCACUACCUUAAUGGUACAAUCAUUCAAGCAAGGUCAUCAGAAUGGCCACUCCGCAAACGAUUAUACAGCAUAAAAGACACUUGUGCGUACAUCAAUUUAGGAAAAGUAUUUGCCCAAAGGUGUUUGGAGAGUGGCAUCUUGGAAAUGUCCUGUGAUAUCCAACCUAAACAAGGAGGGAAGGUUGAACAAUUUCUUAAUGAAGUGAAAAGGGCGGGAGUAAAGUUACAAGAACCUGAAGUGUACAAACCUAACCCUUGGGACCAGUUUAGACCCGAAAAACCUUGGGAAGUCACUGAGGCUUAAGUAGUUAAUGCUAUAAAAAUUUUAGAAAUAAAUUAGUAUUAUGUUAA